AAGAAAACAACACAUCGAUGCGUCGACCAAAGUGCUAUUUUCGCGUGCAUAAUCUUAAAAUCGUGAAAUAAUCUUACAAUCCUAGUGAAAAAGCAAAUUACCACUCAACGGUGACCGGAGUAAGUAAAAAGUUUCGCGGUGUGAUUCGUUUUGGGCAGCUGAUUUCAGCACGAAGCGAAAUUCGAAGACUAAUUUGGAAGACAACUCUGUGUGAACUGAAGAGUAAAAGAUAGUCGCAGGACGGUGCGAUGCGUUUGGGUGAGACAGCCGUAAGUAGCACCAUGAACCCGCAGGAGCAAUCGCUGAGCCAAUCCGCUGCGUGGAUCGCUGCUGCCCAAGCCAUUCAGCAACAGCAGCAGCAGCAGGGUUACGGCAUGAAUCAACAGCAGCAGCAGCAGCAACAAUAUGCUCAAUAUUACGCGUUAUACCAGCAAAUGCAGUACAGUGGGGCUUUCGCCGGAGGUGCCAACAACGGCAGCGGAAAUAACAGCAACAGCGCCGCGUCGGUCGCUUUUGGCAGCGUUUCGGACGGGUGCGCAGCGAAUGUCAACUCGGAUUUGGGGUCUUCCGGCGGUUUGUCGGGCAAUAAAUUUUUCAGCUCUCAACAACAGCAGCAACAGGGACAGGCGAACAACGUGAACGAUAGUGGUGCGAUGGGUUUCAAGCAGGCACCGAGCCAGUUUGGACCGAUUCGAUUCAACAUCAACAAGCAUCCGCAGCGCGUGAGUCCGCUAGUGGCCAGCAACCCGCUGGUUCAGGCGAGCCAGAUUCACGCACAGCAGCAACAGCAGCAUCUGCAGCAGCAGCAACAUCAGCAGAUGAUGGCCGCCUUCCAGAACCAGAACGGUACUGGCGGGGGCAAGAAGAAGCGCAAGAAGAACAAGAAUAACGGUAUGAAUCAGUCGGGUGGCGGCGGAAGUGGUGCGGGAGGCAAUAAAAUGUUCAUGAACGGUGGAAGCGGUGGUAUGGGUGCGAUGGCGACCGCCAACAUACCUCCCUUAAUGCCGGCUGGAUCGUUACCAACGAAAGGAUCCACUGCCGGUGCGGUCAAUGGGUUCGUUUCGUCUGCUCCGGAUCUAAGCAAGCCACCACCACCGCUUCCGCAGGUACCUCUAACAAGUGGCCUCGGUCUAGCACCACCACCGCAAGCACCGACACCGCCCAGCAGCGGUGGCAGCGGUGUAGCGAAGAAACCCGAUCCGUUCCACAACCCAACCGACGAUUGGCCGCAAAGUUUGAACGAUUUCGUGUCUCGGUGCUACGCCAAGUGUAAGACCGAUUUCGAUAAGGAUCAGAUUGACAUCUGCUUGAAGGGACGCAUUACUGCUGCCGCCAACAAGGGUGAGCUGUGGACCAAGGAUUGGGACAGCGAACCGGUACCGAGUGUACACAGCGAACGCGCCAAUCAGCUGUUGCUGCCGAACCUUAGUAGCAACACGCUCGGUGGUAGCCUUGGCUUCGGACUGCCGGGCACUAACAAAGGGGGUAACGCUAAGGCCGCAGGGAAUAGCGGAGGACCGAUGCUCGGUGUUCUGGGCCAGUAUCAAAGUCCGCUGGGGAAUAAGGGACCGCAACAGCAGCACCAGCAGCAACAACAGUUUGGCAAUAGUGGCACUAAGAAAGGAAACAAUGCGGCCAACGUUUCACAAUCGUUCGGUAGUAGGUUGGGCAACAAGUCGGGUGGAUCCGGUGGCAAAAAGUCCCGCAACUCCCGAUCACGCUCGCGAUCGCCAAGUCGCUACAACAGCAGUGGCAGUCGCAAUCGCCGCAGCCGCUCAUCGAGCAGCGAUUCACGAUCGCCAGUUCGCAAGAGCCGCCGUUCAUCGAACAGCAGCAGCAGCAGCAGUAACAAUGGCGCCAAUAACGAUCGCAACUCUUCCUUUGUGAGCAAAGUGUACGGCAAGAACAGUAACAACAAUAACACAAAGCAACAGCAGCAAAAGAAUCAGAAGAAUCAGAAGAACAACCAGCAAAACAAUAAGAACGCUCGCAAGGGUCAGGGCGGUGGAGGCUUCUACUCGGAGCACGGUCAAAUCGGUGGUGCCGUCGAAGGUGAUCUCGAGCAGCUCCGUAAGCGGGCGGCACGAUUCAACAACCAAGGUGGCAAAAAGGUACCGGCCACACCACCGGUCGUCGCUUCCAACAUUGUCUCACCAUUCAAUCGCAAGAAAAAGAUGUCGAUGCCGACACCAUCGCGUUUCUUUAUCGAUGAUACCGCCGAUCGUUUGGGCGAUAACGAUGAGGAGGAUGAUCUGUUCAAUCUGCACAUCGUCGGUACGUGCCGUGAUCUAGAAAAGAGCUUUUUGCGCCUUACCAAGGCGCCCGCUGCGUCCGAAGUGCGACCAGUCGAAGUGCUCCGUCACUCGCUUCAGAAUGUCAAGAGAAAGUGGGUCGAAAAGCAGGAUUAUUUCUAUGCAUGCGACCAGCUGAAGUCUAUCAGGCAGGAUUUAACGGUACAAGGUAUACGAGAUGCGUUCACGGUUCAGGUAUACGAAACGCACGCCCGGAUAGCCAUGGAAAAGGGUGACCACGAGGAGUUCAAUCAGUGCCAAACACAGUUGAAAAUGCUCUACGCCGAUGUGGGAGGAGAGAAUCAUCUCGAAUUUACCGCCUACCGUAUCCUGUACUAUAUCUUUACUAAAAACACUCUUGAUCUUACGACCAUUCUGAAGUCGCUGACGGCAACCGACAAAGCGAGUGAUGUCGUUCGAUUCGCGCUUCAGCUUCGAUCGGCCUGGGCGCUGAGUAAUUACAGUUCUUUCUUCAAAUUGUACCGCGAAGCACCAUUGAUGGCGGGUUAUUUGAUCGAUUGGUUCAUCGAGCGAGAACGCAAAUUAGCGCUCAAAGCUAUUAUCAAAGCUUAUCGGCCCAAUAUUCCGGUGGAAUCGCUGUGCCAAACGUUGGCCUUUGGCAGCGAGGAGAAGUGUUUGGAGUGGUUACAGUCGUUAGAAAUAAGCGUCGUGUCUGUUCCCGUGCCACAAUCAGCGAAGCCAAAGGGCCCCGAAGAAGGAGGAGCUUCCACGGUGGCGGAAGGUGUUUCUGCUGAUGCUUCCUGUGUUGCUGCUGCUACUGCUGCUGCCGCUACUGUUGCUAAGGUGGAGACAAAGAAAAGUGCAUUUACGAGCAAGGCUACGGUUGAUGCUGGCGGUAUGCGUAAAGUGGUCGAUUGCAAGGCGAGCAUGAAUGUGCUCGGGAAUUUCUAAGCUCAAUGAAAGACCCCAGCAUCCAAAGUCUAGCUAUUGAAUGUAGCUGCACCGCACCGCACGACCAAGUGGCCAUUCGAACGGGAUGGAAUGGGAUAACUUCCAGCUAGCUAUUUUGCCUCAUGGAAAACAGGCACCUCUUCCAUCCUACUCGCCGCGUCAAGGCAGCAUGGUUUUUGAUUUUUAAAGACAGAACCAUGCCGUAUUGGAGAUAAGAACACUGAUCUUGCUGCACUGCACCGUAAGGAUUGCGUUGUAGAUCUACCAGGCAAUUCAUAUCUUACUGGACGAUGGCGUAGUAAUUGGCCGUCACCACAUGAAGCGAGUCUCUCACAAAAUACUGCUGCUACUGCUAAUGUUGCUGCUGAAAGAGGAGAAAAUUGUUUUAGAUUUUUUCCUCUUUCACGGAUCAAGUCGUGCGUAUGCACUGAAGUGGUAUUCAGAGUCUAUUACAUUGCGUACCAUCUGCGAACGAAGAAGCUAGUAUCGAUAGUGAUGUGUUGGACGUCUGAUGUGAUAACGCGCGACAGUGCAUAUUGCGUAGGAGAGACGCAGUAGUUUGGUCAUCGAAAUAGUGUGCGUGUAUGUGUGAGUGUGUGUGUGUGUGUGUGUGCAUUUGCAUAUGACACACUUUGUUGGACAUAAAACACUGACACUGUCUCACGACUUCCUGCAGAACGAAGUGGUGUUGUAGCGAACGCGUGAUGCAACCUGGAAAAAUCAUUUUGCUUACUGCAAGUUGCCCCAAAAAUCCGCCAGCUAUCAAGCUGUAUAUAUCUAGCGAAUGGAGAAUAGCAUUGGUUAUAUGCCAUGGAAACUCGUGAUGGCAUAUUCUUGAAGGAACGCAUGAUUCGUCCAUAGCUACAGCUGGGAAGCUAGUGCUAGUUGCCCUAGCAACGAAAAGGAAAUCACUUUUGAGAAGGAAAUUACGAAUCCGGUUCUCAUCCUCAGUCCCAUACUACAACAGUAACAACUGGCAAUCGACUAGCAAUCUGCUCGCACAAACCAUCAUGCACCAGACCUCUUCUACCAUUCUUUCUGCCCAUCUCCACUGUGCAUAUCAUCGGGGCUUCGUUAUCCCAGUAGCAUGAUGUUGUCCAUCGCCAGUCCAGCCAAGUCGAAAUCAAUUGACGAGGCAAGCGGUAAUUAAAUUUUGAAUCGCAGCAACGCGAAAAGACAAAAGUGUUGUUUCGUUAGAAAAAUUACGGUGAAAAUAUUUGUGGAAUAGUGAAUGCGUUAAAUAGUGUUUAGCAUUAAGGCACGAGAACAGUUUCUAUUGAGUUCGGAUGGAUAAUGUGUGGUAAGGGGUUUAGUGUACGUUAUGCAACAAAGCGUUUGUUGCAUUCCGAUGCGCCAGUACAAGUGUGAGAUGUUAUAUCGGUGUAUGACAAAAACCGUGGACCGUUUCCGGCAGGAACUGUGUUACCUUCAUACGUUAGACAUGGGGGGAACCCGGAUGGCGCAGCUACCUGGAGCCAGACUUCAGGCCACAAACCGUCUGCAGCAGACUUCAUCCUUUAACCAACACAUUCCGUCCUGACUUGUUGAUCCUUUUCCUUCGUAUCGACAAUUUCCUAUCCUACUCUACACUCAAAACAUCCCGUCCCUCAUUUUGUGGCACAACAUCGGGCUGAUAGUGUCCUUCUUAAGACAAUUCCCUUGGACGUCAUGUAACGGACUGCUGAAUUGUUGUGUCUUUUCGGGGGGUACCCAGUCUACUACCGAGAUCUGUUCGUCUACUACUGCAAACUCGCACGCGCAACACUAAGAUUCAACACACCAAGCGAGGUGCGCAGAGCAUGGUGUAAAGCCUGUGACUUCAGCCCUCUUCUAUCUGAUAACACCUCUUCGAAUGAAAAACGACCUGACCCCGCCAUCGACUCUAUUAUUGAUGCUGGAUCGCUCAUUGCCACGAUUGAGCUAUCUACACUAUUGGAUCUGUUUUGUUUUGUUAUUUGUUAAACGUUGUACAUACCUACAAUUACGAGCCUGAGCUGAUAAAUGAUUAAUAUCAAGAGCGUCGUACAGAUGCGUGGCAGGCGAAAGGAGAUUGCUUCAAGCGUUAUUGAUUAUGAAGGAGAGUUACUAUGAUGAUAAAAUUUGCGGCAAAAGCAUUGGCAUUCGUCCUAUGUGCGUCGUUGUCGCGUACAAAUGGAAGGUACAAAUGAUGUAUCUUCUACUCUGCUGAUGCUCAUGAUGUGAUGUGAAUAGUAAGAUUUUUUAAUAAAUACAUCUUUUAGUAAAUAAAUUAAAAACUGGUGUUAGUGUUGACACUCUUC